CAGGUCCUUUCCAAGGGACUCACAGCUCUUUUCUUCCUGCUCUCUGCUUCUUUCCCAGGUGGGCCCUUGCUACCCGUGCCUCUGGUUGCCCUUAGCAACCAUGAGCCGCCAGUUCAGUUCUCAGUCUGCAUUUAGCUCAAGGAGCAGGCGUGCCUAUAGCGGCAGGUCCUCCUCGGGCUUUGGAGGGGGCAGAAAAACUGUGGCGUCUGUGUGUCAGCUACAGGGGAGGUGUGGUGCUGGCUAUGGAGGGGGAUUUGGCUCCAGGAGUCUCUACUGUCUGGGUGGUAGUAAAAGCAUCUUUGGGAGCCUAGUGGGGAGAAGUGCUAGUGGUUUCUGCCAGGGCGGAGGGGCAGGAGGAGGAUUUGGGGGAGGAAGGAGCUUUGGGGGUGGCCACGGUGGAGGUGGCAGAUUUGGAGGUGGCUUUGGGGGUGCUAGCAAUUUUGGGACUGGGGGGUUUGGCCCUUCUUGUCCUCCCGGGGGCAUCCACGAGGUGACUAUUAACCCGAGCCUCCUGGAGCCUCUUCAUCUGGAGGUGGAUCCUGAGAUUCAGAGGGUCAAGACCCAGGAGCGGGAGCAGAUCAAGACCCUCAACAACAAGUUUGCCUCCUUCAUCGACAAGGUUCGCUUCUUGGAGCAGCAGAACCAGGUGCUACAGACAAAAUGGGACCUGCUACAGCAGUCAGACAUCUCGACUCGGAGCAGCAACCUGGAGCCAGUCUUUCAGAGUUACAUCAGUCAACUGCAGAAGUAUGUGGACUCUCUGGCCACAGAGCAGUCCCGCCAAAACUCGGAGAUCCGGAACAUGCAGGAUAUCGUGGAGGACUACAAGAGCAAGUACGAAGAGGAAAUCAACAAGAGGACCAAUGCUGAGAAUGACUUUGUCGUUCUGAAGAAGGAUGUGGAUGCCGCUUUCAUGGGCAAAUCAGACUUGCAUUCCAAAGUGGACACGCUGUAUGGGGAAGUCAACUUCCUGAAGUAUCUGUUUGACACGGAGCUGUCCCAGAUGCAGACGCAUGUCAGCAACACCAAUGUCAUCCUGUCAAUGGACAAUAACCGCUCCCUGGACCUGGACAGCAUCAUCGACUCCGUGCGCGUCCAAUAUGAAUUAAUUGCACAGAAGAGCAAGGAUGAGGCUGAGGCCCUCUACCAGACCAAGUACCAGGAGCUGCAGAUCACAGCCGGGAAACACGGGGACGACCUGAAGAACAGCAAGAUGGAGAUUUCAGAGCUCAACCGCAACAUCCAGAGGCUGCAGGCGGAGAUCUCCAGCGUCAAGAAGCAGAUCGAACAGAUACACGGGUCCAUUUCCGAUGCUGAGGAGAGAGGAGAGAGGGCUCUGCGGGACGCAAAGCAGAAACUGCAGGACAUGGAGGAGGCCCUGCAGCAGUGUAAGGAGGAGCUGGCUAGGCUGCUGAGGGACUACCAGGCGCUGCUGGGGGUCAAGCUGUCCUUGGACGCGGAGAUCGCCACCUACCGCACGCUUCUGGAGGGCGAGGAGAGCAGGAUGUCAGGGGAGCUGCAGAGUCAAGUGAGCAUCUCGGUGCAGAGCAGCCAGGUGACCGUAGGCAGCGGCAGCUACGGAGGCGGCAGCGGCGGGGGCUCGGGAGGUUAUGGCAGCGGCUCCCGCGGCGGCAGCUACGGCUCGAGCAGCAAAUACGGCGGCGGUGGCGGCGGCAGCCGGAGCGGCGGCUCCUCCCGCACGCAGAUUGUGCAGACCUCCACCCUCAGCUCGCGCAGGCGCGUGGUGGAGUAGCUGCUUCGCGGCUGCAGCUCUUCCUCUGCCGCCUUCUCCCCUUAACUCUCUCGGCUUCUCUCACCUACCUUUUCCCAACGGGUCUCAGCAAGCUUCCAGGUCACUUCGACUCUAGGGGAGGGCACAGGGCGGAUUCGCAGCCUCUUUACUUCGUCAAAGUCACAGGCAGACACAUGCUCGCUCACUCGGGCACCCCUCCACUGGUCCUACCACUGUCCUGAUCCCGAGGGGCCUUAUCCAGCAAAGAAGAAGAAAGGAAACAAAACAAAA